AUGAGAGAACUUACAAGAGACGAAGAGGAUAGUGAAGAAAAGGAAGUUACAGAGCAUCCAAACCCUUGCCUCGCUGCGGCGGCCGCCACCAAGACCAAGAAGAAGAAGCCCCAAGCCAUACCUCUCUCCGAGUUCGCCAAACCGGCUCAGACCACCCAAACCAGAGGCCUCACCGCCGAAGAUCUCAUGUCGUUGCUGACUGGUCCGUACCAGAGAACCACCGAGGAGCUCGACCGGUCCAAGCUCAGUGGUGGAUUCAGAUCGUACGGUUACGAUAGGAAUAGAGGCGAGGAUGAAUUAGCGCCUUCUCGUGCCGAUGAUGUCGAUGAUUGGGGGUCUACGAAGAGGUCUGCUUCUAGUAAUGGAUUUGAGAGGAGAGGAGAGAGAGGGGAGAGAGGGGGGUUUUUCGGGUUCGAUUCUAGAGCUAAUGAAUCUGAUAGUUGGGUUUUGAAUAAGAGCUUUGUUCCUUCUGAAGGACGGAGAUUUGAGAAUCAGAGGGAGAGAAGAGUUGGUUUCGAGUCAAAUGGCGGCGCAGAUUUGGAGAAUUGGUUGAAGAAGAAGGACGUUGAUGAUGUUUUUGAUGAUGUUCAUAAGGUUGUCAAAACAAUGGGUGAUAAUUUGAAGGACAUUGAUGAUGUUUUUGAUGAUGUUGAAGAUGUAGUUGAUGUUGCGAAUGUUUGA